AUGACGGAGCCACGGGUGUACACACACUACACCACUGCACCCGCUGCUCCAGGUGGGGAAUGGGUGCGGUUCGUGCUGCUUUCGGAUACGCAUUCGCAGACGACCGCCGUGCCUGAUGGAGAUGUGCUACUGCACGCAGGCGACCUCACCACACUCGGCGAACCCGCGGAUCUCGAGCGUCAAAUCGCGUGGCUAGAGAGUUUGCCACAUGGCGUCAAGGUGAUUACUGCGGGGAAUCAUGAUUUCUGCACAGCUCCCGGCGAUUGGCACGACACUCGAGGGCGGGAGCUUGACAACAAGUACGGUGUCGCACACGAUGCAGCUGCACCGCUCAAGGCAGCGAGGAUGCUGGAGGCAUGUGGGAUGCAGGUUCUUCUUGGUGCCACAUCGACGUUUGUUGUCGAACGCCCGGAGACUAGGCAUUAUGAGUGGAGCGUAUAUGGGAGUCCUUGGUCGCCCGAAUUCGAGCGGUGGGCUUGGAACUAUACCCCCGCGCAAGCCAAAAAGAUAUACGAGUCGGUCGGCCAUGUGGAUAUUCUCAUCACCCAUACGCCGCCGUACGAGCUUGGUGGGCUGGACAAGAUCCACGACGGCACAUCGGUGGGGUGCAAGGAGCUGACACGCCGCCUCACCGCCCCACGCCACCACAAAGACGCCCUGCGUCCAAAGUUGCACGUAUUCGGCCAUAUUCACGAAGCCCGUGGCACCAAUGUGCUACAACAUGAAGAGGGUGAAACGGUGCUGGUGAAUGCGGCACUGGUCGAGUACGAUCAAGACCUGUGGAACACGCAGCGCAAGUUCUCGUACGAUGUUGUCGCUCACGACGUACCAAUGGCAUCGUCGUCCACCGCUGCGGCGGAAGCAACCGUGCCCAUCAUGCUCACCACCACCCUCGACGAAUACGCCAUCCCCUCCGGCCCCUACAUGGUCCCGGUCUCCUGGCGACGCACCCACCUCUCGACGCUCGUCAACAAACUCGUCGCCUCCUCCUCCUCGGGCCUCACCACGGUCCCGUUCGACUUUAUCAUCGACUCGACCCUCCUCCGCUCCUCCCUCGGCGAGUUUCUCGAAUCCUCGGGUCUCACCGCCGAAUCCACCCUCGCCAUCGAGUAUGUGAGGUCGACUCUGCCCCCGACAAGGCUCGCGGCGUUCGAACACGAUGACUGGGUAGCUAGCGUCGAUUGCACCAGGAACGCGCUGUACAUGACUGCCGGAUUCGAUGGAAGCGUACGUGUAUUCGAACCGACGGAUGCACAGAAUGCGGUGCACACCUUUUCCACCGUCAACAAGGCCGCGGUUCAGGGCGGAAGGAAUACCGCACUCACCAAGGCCAAAUGGACCCCACAGGGCGAGAUUGUCACGGGCGGCAUGGACGGCGGCGUGCAGAUGUGGAGUGUCCAGCAGGAGGACGGAUGGAGGAGCGCGAGGAAAUGGGGUGGCACCGCGCACAAUGCGCCCGUGGCGGAUGUGGAUGUGGCCCAGGGCCCUGCGGGCGUGUCGGUGCUAAGUGCAGGUUGGGAUGGCAUCGUGGCGCUCUGGGACGACGUAGCCUCCACCACCACCGCCGGCAACAACGACGACGAUGACGACAGCGACGAUGGCGCCAAGCGUCGCAAGACGGCGAGCGGCGCGGCGAAAUCCACACGCGGUGCCCGAACAGCCGGUACAAAGGAGCCGACCAUGGUUCUGUGGCACGCGGCUCCCGCAGCACACGCCGCAACCGGAGCCAAGAACGUCUUUACCUCGGCAUCGCGUGUAAGCUCAGUGCUGUUCGAGCGCACGCCCGCGGGCAGGGACAGCAACCGCGCCUGGUCGGCGGGGUACAACGGGCUCAAGGGCUGGGACCUUUCGUCGGGCGGGACGCUGCACACGUCGCUCUCGAUGCCCACCUCCACCGCCGAAACGCGCCCCAUCACCGCACUCGCCCAACUGGGCCCCACGGCGUUGGUGGCCGGUGCAACCGACCGCGCCAUGCAGAUCUUUGACAUUCGCACCGACGCCACCACUGCCGCGCUGGGCGUGGCGAUCACCAACGCGCACCGUGGAGCCGUCGACGCGCUCAGCGCCCACCCGACCAGCACGGUGAUGUUCGCCUCCGCCAGCAGCGCCGACUCGCACGUCAAGGUGUGGGACACGCGCUCGUCGCGCAAACCGCUCUUUGUGCUCGGUACCGCCGGCGCCGAGGGCGUGCUGGCGCUCGACUGGUCCAACGAUGGCCAGCAGCUCGUGGCGGGCGGAAAGGAUAAGCGCAUCACCGUGUACCGCGGCACCAACAUUGGCGUGUAG